GCCGCCUCCUUACCCUUGCGGCUGUUGUGGGGCGUUGGAUCGCUGGCGGGGAUCCACGGCUGGGAUCUUGUCUGGGGUUUUUCGCCCUAGGGCUUUUUGGCGAUGGCGGGCGCGCCCAAGGUGCUCAAGACGAGGAAGGGAGCGUUCAAGAGGAUCGAGACGAAGAUUGCAGGUACGCGGGAGAAUGCGUCGAGGAAGAGGGUGAGGAAGAGGAAGAAGGGACAGGAGGAGCAGGGCGGGAUUCUAGAGCCUGGAAUUGAGAAGGAAAAUGGGGAGGGAAUUGGAGAGGAGGUUGAGGAGGAUGAGAGGGAUUUGGAGCCGGAGGAGGUUGCGAAGGAUCCGGAGGUGGUGGAAGGCACUGUGCUUGUGAAUGGUAUGAUGAGCAGCAUGAACUUUGGAGCGCUGCCACUGUCGGAGCCUACGAAGAAUGCGAUUGCAGAGAUCGGGUUCACGAACAUGACUGAGAUUCAAUCGAGAUCAAUCCCAGAGCUGCUCAAGGGACGAGAUGUUCUCGGAGCCGCAAGGACUGGCUCCGGCAAAACGCUUGCUUUUCUGGUUCCGGCUGUGGAGCUACUCUACCAUGCUCGUUUCAUGCCACGGAAUGGAACUGGCGUUUUGAUCAUAUCUCCUACGAGAGAGCUGGCGAUGCAAAUAUAUGGAGUUGCGAGGAAGUUGAUGAAACACCAUAGCCAAACCCACGGGAUUGUUAUGGGAGGAGUGAAACGAAACGUAGAGGCAGAAGCGUUGAAGAAAGGAGUGAAUCUACUCGUUUCUACUCCAGGAAGGCUUCUGGAUCAUCUUCAAAACACGAAGGGUUUUCUGUUCAAGAAUUUGCAGUGCCUUGUGAUUGACGAGGCAGAUCGCAUCUUGGAAAUUGGCUUUGAGGAGGAUAUGAAACAGAUCAUCAAGCUCCUACCGAAAGAGCGACAAACUGUCCUUUUUUCUGCCACUCAAACGACAAAAGUGGAAGACUUGGCCAAACUUUCUUUCAAGAAAGCUCCUAUAUACAUCGGAGUGGACGAUGAGAGAAGCAAGGCUACAGUAGAAGGCUUGGAACAGGGCUACUGUGUUGUGAAGACCGACAAGCGGUUCCUUCUUCUGUUUACGUUCUUGAAAAAGAACCUCAAGAAAAAGGUUAUGGUGUUCUUUUCCUCUUGCAAUUCAGUGAAAUUCCACGGGGAACUUCUAAACUUCAUCGAUAUACCAUGCCUUGAUAUUCAUGGCAAACAAAAGCAACAAAAGCGCACUAAUACGUACUUUGAGUUCUGCAAUGCGGAGAAGGGUAUACUUCUUUGUACCGAUGUUGCUGCUCGUGGCCUUGAUAUACCGGCUGUGGACUGGAUUAUCCAAUACGACCCUCCGGAUGAUCCAAAGGAAUAUAUUCACAGAGUUGGUCGUACUGCGAGAGGUGAGAGCGGUCGUGGACGAGCUUUACUGUUUCUAACCCCAGAGGAGCUGGGAUUUAAACGUUAUCUCACGAUGGCGAAGGUCCCUCUAAAUGAAUACAUGUUUCCAGAAAAUAAGAUCGCGAAUGUGCAAUCGCAGCUGGAAAACCUGAUAGGCAAAAAUUAUAAUCUUCACAGGUCAGCGCGCGACGCAUACAGGUCGUAUAUCAUGGCGUACAAUUCGCAUGCCAUGAAAGAUGCCUUCAACGUCCACAGGCUUGACUUACAGGCAGUCGCAGCGUCCUUUGGCUUUAGCUGUCCACCAAAGAUAAACAAUCUCAGCAUCGAUAGCAGCGCCGCCAAGUUUCGCAAACAAGGCAAGGAGAGAAAGAGUUCCGGGCACAAGUUUGGCGCAAGUAAUCCUUACGGGAAACGAGGCGAAGACGACAAGCGGCAGUUUUCCAAGUUUUGAUAAGAGAGUUUUUAAACAUUACGCAAGAGACAACAGGCGGAAGAUCUGGAAAAAGUCUUGACGAUCGAGAUCGCGUGAUCACAAGUUACGUCAUGAGAUCCCAGGUAUGACCAAGCUUCGUUUUCGAAAACUGAUCGAAUGUAUGCAAGCAGGCAAGUCUAGUUCCAUCUCGAUAAGUAAGUUUUGGUUUCGUCUGUAACAACCUUCUCCAGGCGAUUAGCUUCUGAAGAUAAACAAUGUGAGGCAGCUUUGAGCGUGUCAAGUAAACGACAAGCAGCUGUUCUUUCUCCAAGUCUUAGAACUUUUCACGGCUUUUGAGGAGCAGAGGAGAAAUUUCCAUAUCUGUACCAAAAGUCCUGCUCGCCGAGGUUUGAUCAAGAUCGCGUGACAACUUUACGUGAUGCGCUUUUGGAUCUA